AUGCGCCUCUUGCUCUCGCUCUACGGAGCAGCCCUGUUUCUGAAGGGGGCGCUGGCUACUCCUCCACACACCCCGCAUGGCGAGAGCCCGGAUGAGGAUGGAAAAUACUGGAUCUACGGCGAGGGAAUCGCGGCCGCCUUCAUCCCGUACGGCGCUUCCAUUACCAACCUCAUUAUUGACGACAAGAAUGGUAUCCCCCGUGACCUCGUGAUGGGCUUCGACAAGGCCAGCGACUACCCCAAGGAUAAAUCGCACCCCCACCUUGGCGGCGUCCCUGGCCGCUAUGCGAACCGGAUCAAGAACAGCACCUUCGAGAUUGACGGCAAGACUUACCGCGUCACGGCCAAUGAGAAUCCCACCCGCAAGCACCCCGACGGGCUCGACACCCUCCACGGCGGCGUGGAAGGGUGGGACUGGCGAGACUUUGACGUGGUCUCGCACACCGACGAGUCCAUCACCUUCUCCAUUGUUGACCCCGACGGCAAGGAAGGCUUCCCCGGCGAGGUCAUCUCGUACAUCACUUACACGAUGGGCAACUUGACCUGGGACGCCAAGAUGGUGGCCAUCGCCACGACCAAGAAGACGCCCAUCAUGCUGAGCAGCCACACGUACUGGAACCUGGACGGCUUUGCCAAUGACGAGACCGACACCAUCUUUGACCACACACUCCACCUUCCGUACAGUGGCCAGAGGAUCGACGUCGACAACAUUCUGAUUCCGACCGGCAAGAUCCUGCCCAACCCCGAGGGCUCUGUCAACGACUUUUGGAGCGCCCCCAAGCAGAUCGGCGACGGCUUCAAAGACCCGGAGAUCCACGGCAACUGCGGCUUCGACUGCACUGGCUACGACAACUGCUGGCUCGUCAACCGGCCGGGCCCGCACGACUGGCGCGCCGACGGAGCCUACGUCGCCAGCCUGUACUCGGCCUGGUCCGGCAUCAGGCUCGACAUUUACUCCGACCAGGAUGCCUUCCAGAUGUACUCUUGCAAUGGCCAGGACGGCACGUUCCCGCUCAAGUCGACCCAGGGCGUCGAUGGGCGCAACGCCGACAAGCGCCACCCCCACAAACCAGCCCAGACUGUGCCGCAGUAUGGCUGCGUCGUCCUGGAGGUGGAGGACUACAUCGACGGGAUCAACCACCCCGAGUGGGGCCGGCUGGGGAAGCAGGUAUUUGGGCCCGGGAGCGAUCCGUACGUGCUGCAGAUUAGCCACCGCUUCUCAGUAGACACGGACGACGCAUGA